UACCUUCCUAUCCACCCACACAAUCUCUCGCUGAAAACAGUUCUGAGUCAGUGACCCGUGACAGUGAGGGUGGCACAGAUUGGGUAACUACAGUCGGCACACAUAGUGUGUUAACCGUCAGACCAGGACACGUCCAGCCACAAGAAGUCAGAGCUAACGCCAUACUUGAGGUCAGGACAUCGUCUUGCUGCUCUCUGUCGUGUCUCGUGCGUUGGACCCUUGAAGAUACACCUGUGUGUGAGGUCUGGACAAAUUCUUCUAGUAUUCCUGUGGCGUUUCUGGACACCAUGCAGGGAAGAGUUUAUUUUUUCUGUGCCUUGGCGCUGUUUUCUAUGGUGACCCGAGGUCAGGCUAUGGUCAGGGAAGACUUCAAAAGGCUGACAGACGUUCUCUUUAAGGACUACAAGAAAGAUUUCCGACCGGUCAGCAACGACACGGGUCCUACAUCGGUUGACCUAGUAUUUUCUCUGUUUUCUAUAGUGGAUAUUGACGAGCAGGACCAGCGGAUGAAGACCAGCGCAAUGUUGAAGAUGACCUGGGUUGACGAGUAUUUGUCUUGGGAUCCGACCAACUACAGCAACAUCAAUAGCAUCCUGGUGAAGCAGAGUUCUAUCUGGCUGCCGGACAUCGUUGUCGGCAAUACAGUCACAACCCAGACAUACCUGGGCUACGACAACCUCCAGGUGCGGGUUUGGAGUAAUGGUACUGUCAACUGGCACCCAAUGGCAGUCUUUGACACGUCAUGUGACAUAGAUGUUACUUAUUAUCCUUUCGACACACAGGUGUGUCACAUCGUCUUCAUAUCAUCUGUGUCCUACACAAGUGAACUUCGUGUCCUCUUCAAUCAGAGUCAUCGUAUCGACAUGGACCGAUUCACCUCGGAUAGCAUCUGGAAGAUCAUCGAUAAGUCAGCCAGUGCAGAAAACAGCGAGAAUAUCAACAUAAAAAUCAGUUUGCAGCUCAAGCGACGUUCCACAUACUUUGUCCUCAACAUCUUUAUCCCGAUCCUCCUUUUGGCGAUGACAUCACCGAUGCCUUUUGCACUUCCGGCGGACUCUGGCGAAAGGAUGAGUGUGUCAGUCACCUUGCUGCUGGCUUUUACCGUCUACUUGACUAUAAUUGAUAAUGCUAUGCCUCAAUCAUCGGUGCAAUUGUCCCUGCUGACGCUGUACGUGUUACUGAUGCUGGGGUUAAAUGCUCUGAGUGUGUUACUCUGUGUUCUCAUUUUACGACUCCACCACAGACCCUCUAGCAAACCUCUUGGAAAAAGGACUUCCAAGAUAAUUCUCUAUCUCCAGCAGUUGAUGUUGAGGGCAAAAGCUAAAAUCAAAUCUACAAAAGUCGAAGCAAAGAUACAUCAACCCAAUAAACCGAUCGUCGCUGUCGAGAAAGGGAAAAUUACAGUAAGCGAGACCACAGAUAUCUCCCCUGCUGACGACGACCACAGUGGACCCUCGGGAAACGCCAGUACAUCAUCGAAGGUCUGUCCCAUAACCGGACAGCAAGCGGGAGAAACGCUUAGCGUCUUCUUUUUCAUCAUUUUCUUUCUGUACAGUGUUGGUAGCACGUUUAUCUUCUUCAUUGCUGUGGUUGGGGGCGGUGCCAGGCAGUUGAUAAAAACUCAUGACGUCAUAGCCCUUAACUGAAGGGAUUCUCUCUUUAUUUUCGACAAUCAGAAUGGUUCGAAACUACUUUACCGAAAGUUAACAAAUCUUAAGGUCUCAUCAUAAAUAAGGGGAAGUCUUUGCCUACUUUGAAGCAUACAAAAUACCUGAUUGGUUGAUUGCUUCCAUCUGUUAGUGGGCAGUAAUCUAUAGUGAAACAUUCUUAAAUGUUCCAGUAGUUUCCUCUAUUAGAAAUUCAUGUGAACUCGCACAGCUAUGUCUUGUAUGAUGUUACUCUACAUGUUAGCGCGUAGUAAGCAGCCUUACUACACUAACAUCAAGAAAGAGGAGAAAGAGAAAAAACAGGAAAAGAGAGUGGAAGACAGGAGUGACAGUAAAUGAGAAGCGGCUGUGUUGAGUCUGCUGUAAAUUACCUGCUGUGUCCUAUAUUUUUCAUUAAUCUACCUUGCUUGGGCCGACCAUGUGGUUUGUGCCUAACUGCAGUGUGAAGCCACUGAGACUUUUACCCGACUUUAAUAUCUGUGUACUGAUUGUACAUUCUCUAUUUCAUUAGAAGUGACUGUUUUGUUUGGGCGUGAUUUUUGUUUAGAUGUGCUGAUUUCAUCUUACCAACUUUGAAUAGUGAAUGAAUGUGUGUGGGUGUGCACCACAACCAGUGUUCCUUGCACUAUUCAUUGAAACAAAAUAAAAAAAAAAAGAAAAAAGACAUUGAUUACGCAAUGCACAAGGAAUGUUGACACCAUUUACAAUUUUUGUAGAAAUAUAAAAUAAACUGUAAAUAAAAAAAUCUAACCCUUUACUGUGGGCCAACUUCAAA